AGAGAUGAAACGUUUCGCAACCUGUCUUGUUUUACAAGUAGAGCUCUUGAAAAGCACUAAAAAAGCCGAGGCAAAUAGACCUACUGUGCCCCCUUGUUCCUCUCUCUCUCUCUCAAGGAUUCACCAUUUAGAUCGAGCCAAAGAUGUUCCUCACAAGGACCGAGUAUGACCGAGGAGUGAACACUUUCUCUCCUGAAGGCAGAUUGUUUCAGGUUGAAUAUGCUAUUGAAGCCAUUAAGCUAGGUUCAACUGCAAUUGGGUUAAAGACAAAAGAAGGUGUUGUGCUUGCAGUUGAGAAGCGUAUCACUUCACCACUGCUGGAGCCCAGUAGUGUGGAAAAGGUUAUGGAAAUUGAUGAGCAUAUUGGAUGUGCUAUGAGUGGAUUAAUUGCAGAUGCUCGUACACUUGUUGAGCAUGCACGUGUGGAGACUCAGAACCAUAGAUUCUCGUAUGGUGAGCCCAUGACAGUGGAGUCUACAACCCAAGCACUCUGUGAUCUGGCUUUGCGAUUUGGUGAAGGCGAUGAAGAAUCCAUGUCUCGUCCAUUUGGGGUGUCGCUUCUCAUUGCUGGUCAUGAUGAGAAUGGUCCUAGCCUGUACUAUACAGAUCCAUCUGGCACAUUUUGGCAAUGCAAUGCUAAGGCUAUUGGUUCAGGAUCAGAAGGUGCAGAUAGCUCUUUGCAAGAGCAAUAUAACAAGGACCUCACUCUUCAAGAGGCUGAGACAAUUGCACUUUCCAUUCUGAAGCAAGUUAUGGAAGAAAAGGUGACUCCCAACAAUGUUGAUAUUGCAAAGGUGGCUCCAACAUAUCAUCUGUAUACGCCUGCAGAGGUGGAGACUGUCAUUAGUCGCCUCUAAGAACAACAUUUCGUGAAAUUUCCUUGGAACAUAAUUUGUAUUCCCAAUUGUUGCCUAAGCUGCUUGUCUUAUUAGUUGGGGAAGCAGAGGAUUGAACCCAUACAAGCUUUUUCUCAGAUGAUACUAAACUGUGCUGCUUGACUGUUUUGUAACUGUGCUUUGUCAAAACGAAACACAAAUUUCUUGUUGGACUUAAAUGCAAACUAAAUUCCAAGCGCCA